CUGUAGAAUAGAUAGUAUCACAGCAUAUAGGAAGGGAUAGAGAGAUUCAAGAGGUGCUCGAUGGGAGCUCGGCACUUUAUACCCGUUGAGUGUUGCACAUAUAUCAGAACCACACCGCGGCCUUUGAAACACCCCCUGAAGUACACCGCCUAUUCAUUGAUAUUUUAACAGCUGCGUAACACCCAUUCUAAGGUAUUCAUAGUGCUUUACAAUGGCUUCAUCAACGCGGCCUUCUGGCUUCUCCCGCAAUCCGCCAACUGGAAUAAAGGUGGUCAUAGUAGGGGCUGGCUUCGCCGGACUAACUGCAGCCAUCGAAUGCGAUAGAAAAGGCCAUGAUGUCGUCCUGCUAGAAGCCUUUCCUGAAUUGAAGAUCUUGGGUGAUAUCAUCUCCUUUGGCCCCAAUAGUGGCAGGAUCUUCCAGAAGUGGGAGGGCGUCGAGGAAAAGCUCGAUCCGAUCUGUCACAAGAGCGAUGGCAUCUUAUUCAAAACGUAUCUCGGAGAGAGCCUCGUUACCCAAUAUUGGCGCGAUGAGGAGUCAUUCGGAAAGAAGUUUAACGGACACAGAGGAGAGAUCCACGAGAUCGUCUUCAAUCACGCCUUGGAACGUGGUGUUGACAUCAGGCUAGGCCAGAGGGUCACUGAUUAUUUCGAGACGGACACAGAGGCGGGGGUUAUAGUCAACGGGAAGGACAGAGUUGUUGGAGAUGUUGUUUUCGCCGCUGAGGGCGUGAGAUCGCCGGGAAGAAAGAUUGUGCUGGGCUACGAGGAUAAACCAAAGUCGAGUGGCUAUGCAGUGUACAGAGCAUGGUUUGAUUCGUCGCGAUUAACGCAUCCCAUCACCAAGCAUAUGGUGGAAAACGGGGAUGCCCACGUCGCAUGGAUCGGUCCAGAUGUUCACUUCAUCGCAGCUUCGCUGAAAAAUGGAAAGGAUUUCAGUUGGGUUUGCACACACAAGGAUGAGGCAGAUAUCGAAGACACCUGGUCAACCCCCGGACAGGUCGAAGAAGCACUGAAGGUAGUGGAAAACUGGGAUCCAAUUGUCCAAGAGAUCAUCAAGGCCACUCCUCCUGAACACCUUGUCGAUUGGAAAUUAGUCUACCGGGAUCCCCUGCCGACAUGGAUCUCUCCGAAGUCGAGAAUGUCUCUCAUCGGAGAUGCGGCGCAUCCUUUUCUCCCGACGUCAAUACAAGGGGCCAGUCAGUCAAUGGAAGACGGGGUCAAUCUGGCGGUUUGUCUGGAGCUCGCUGGGAAGAACCGGGUGCAGGAAGCUCUUCGCGCACAUGAGAGGAUCAGAUACGACCGCGUGCUUCAAGCACAGAAAACAGGCGUCACCACCAGAGAGCAGUGGCACAAGGCUGACUUCGAUAACUUGAAGAAGAACCCAGAUGUCCUGAAACUAAAGCGGGAACCCUGGUUACUGAACUUUGAUUCGGAGAAGCAUGCGUAUGAUGUUUACAAGAGCACUGUGGCUGAGAUGAGAAGAGAAGAAGGACGAGCUCAUCUGUGAGACGCAGAGAAAUGCAUGUUAAGUUGGAUUCGAAGAGUUCGUGG